AUGGAAGACUGGACAACAAGGAUAAGGCCGAAGGAAUCUCUUGAAAGCAAAGUGAAAAGGAUGGGGAAGCGUCUGAAGGAUGCAAGGCUAAUGGAGGAGACUAGAAGGCAAGGUCAAUGCCCAAGCCAUCACCUUCGCCCGAUUUCCCUCAUCCACCCGAUCUCCUCAUCUUCGAGCCUUCACGCGAGCACCUCCUUCUCGCGGCCCUCGUCUCCCCAAACCCACCGCCGGCCUCUCUUCUCCGUCGGGCCACAGCCGCCGAGCCACGGCCACCGGCUUCCCCUCCUCACGCGAGCACCGCAGCGUCGCCGUCUUUGUGUCCUAACGCCGACACAGCCAACCUCUUCUUCCCUACCUACUUCUUCCAUCUCCCUCGCACGAGCACCACACAACCGGUUUCUCCUCCUCACGCGGGCACCACAGCCGUCGCAGCCACCGUUGUUGAUCCUCUUCCCUCAACCGAAGUCACAGCCGUCGAUCCUCUCCUCUUCGAGUCGUGCCCUAACUAAUCCGGCAGGACGUUGAUUGAAGACGGUUAGCUCGAU